AUGGGUGUUGACUUUGAUGCUGUAAAUAAACCAGUGAGCUUCCUGUCUCCUAAGUCCGGCUGGUUGGAGGUUCUCGCUGCUCUGGGAGGCAGCACGAGAGUGAGGUUGGUUGGUGGUCACAGUCGCUGUGCUGGUAGAGUGGAGGUGUUUCACAGAGGUCAGUGGGGAACAGUGUGUGAGCAUUUCUGGGAUAUGGCUGAUGCUGCAGUGGUGUGUAGAGAGCUGGACUGUGGAGAACCUGUAGAUGCUGUGGGUGAUUCUUAUUUUGGACCAGGAUCAGGACCAAUCUGGACAAAUCUGAAGUUAUGUACUGGAUCAGAAUCUACGCUAAAGAACUGUGGAACAGUGGAAUGGGGUUUAUUUCAAUGUGAUCAUACUAAAGAUGCUGGAGUCAUAUGUUCAGAUAAAAAGAAUGUGAGACUGGUUGGUGGUCACAGUCGCUGCGCUGGUCGAGUGGAGGUUCUUCAUAGAGGUCAGUGGGGAACAGUGUGUGAUCUUGGUUGGGAUAUGCCUGAUGCUGCAGUGGUGUGUAGAGAGCUGGACUGUGGAGAACCUGUAGAUGCUCUGGGUGAUGCUCAUUUUGGACAAGGAUCAGGACCAAUCUGGAUGUAUCUUGUAUUAUGUACUGGAUCAGAGUCUACACUGAAGAACUGUGGGUCAACAGGAUGGAGCAAACACGACUGUACUCACAAAUCUGAUUCUGGAGUAAUCUGUUCAGGCCAUAAACCUUCCAGACUCAUUAAUGGAUCUAACCUGUGCUCUGGGAGGUUAGAGAUCCUUCAUAAUCAGAUGUGGAUGUCAAUGUGUGAUGCUGUCUUUGACCAGCAGGAUGCAGAGGUUGUGUGUAGAGAGCUGGACUGCAGAGGAAAUGAAUCUCAAAUUUCAUUUUGUUCAAUAUCAUCAUCACACAAUCACAACUGCACCAGUGACAACACUGUGGGACUGAUCUGUUCUGGAUACACAGAUCUCAGGCUGGUAAACGGUUCAGACUCUUGUUCUGGAAGAGUGGAGCUUCAGUUUCUCAGCAAAUGGGGCACAGUGUGUGAUCCAUGCUGGGAUAUGAGAGCUGCCAGUGUCCUCUGUAGACAGCUGAAUUGUGGGAUUGCUAUGUCUCUUCUGGUGGGUUCUGGGGGAGACUGUGCAGGGAGGCUGGAGGUUUUUCACAACGGCUCAUGGGGGACAGUGUGUGAUGACUCCUGGGAUAUUAAAGAUGCUCAUGUGGUGUGCAGACAGCUGCAGUGUGGAGUGGCCCUCAGUAACCAGCAGGUACCAGCCUGGUUUGGUCCUGGUUCUGGACACAUAUGGCUGGAUGAGGUGGAGUGUGAGGGGAAUGAGACGUCCCUGUGGAGCUGCUCUUCUCCAGGCUGGGGAAAACAUGACUGCAUACACAAGGAGGAUGUAGGAGUCGUGUGCUCAGAGUUCAAAGAGAUCAGGUUAACUGAGGGCUGUGAAGGGAAUCUAGAGGUUUUCUACAAUGGAUCCUGGGGUAAUGUGUGCUGGAACAAGAUGGACAGAGACACAGCGAGUCUGAUCUGUCAAGAGCUGAACUGUGGAAGAUCUAGCAGUGAAAUCAGAUAUUCAGUGGGACUGAAGUCACACAACUGGCUUGAUUUUUUUCAUUGUCGACCACAUGACUCCACUUUAUGGCAGUGUCCUUCUUCACCCUGGGGACAGACUGCCUGUGAUAAUGAUGAAGUGGCCAAAAUCACCUGCUCAGAGGAGAAGAGUCCUGAGUCUCCACGGAGCCAUCUAUCAUGUUCAGUAUCUCCUCACCAGAGACCGCAUUCAACUCUGUCACAGCCCUAG